AUGCCUCGAGGACUACGCUCGCUUCAUCCAGAAUUAGGUAGCUGGCGCUACCGUGAAACUGCCGAUGAUGUGUCUGCACCAGUGCGAACGUACCUGCCACUAACUUGUGCUGUUGGUCCGCUAGAACAAGUCGGAGAGCUCGGCUAUCAUCAACUUGCAGGCCUUGGUGUGACAGACGAUGAUCGAUAUAGUGCCAGACAAACGCCCCAUGUUUAUUGUGGACCUUGA